AUGGCGCUCGAGCCCGUCACGGCAGGUGGCGGCCCUGACCUCGUAGAGCUGCAGUUGCGGCGGCUGGCGCACCUGGAGAGCCUGUGCGCCAACCGCACCGCGGGCGAGGCGCGAGCGGCCGCACUGGUGGCCCAGCUGGAGGCCAAGAUCAGGCAGUUCGAGCAGCAGACCGCGGCGAACAUGGGCCAGGCCGAACAGGAGCUGGCACGCCUGUCGGGGGAGCUGCAGCUCUCGCUCCAGAGGCGCCGGCUGCGAGGGGACGGGGAGGAAUUCGCAGCGACAGACCUGGCGGAUGAGCAGCGGGACCGCGCAGACCUCAGCCUUGACGGAGGCGAUCGACGCGCUAAAGGCGUGCGUGCGGAUGGCUAUCGUCAAAAAGGUCAGAAGUUUGCUGCGAACGGCGGGAGCGGAGACCCGCAGCAGGCCACCACCACAGCAGCAAAGCCGACCUCGCAGGAGAUGCUGGAGAGCGAGAGCAUCGACGAGCCGGAGAGAGAGGACUCGGGUUCGGUGGACAAGGGCGACUCGGGGUCGGAGGGGGCGACGCGCCUGCACCCGAUUGAUGAGGAGCACCAGAGAUCGCGCAGCCUGCGCGGCCGCCACCAAGACACCGGGACGGUGCAGUUGAAGCUUGCCCCGCACCUCGAGGACACUGGGCCCCUGGGGACACCUUUGGACGCCGCGGAGGAAGCAGAGAAAGGCGCACGUCGCUUCUGGGCCGACAUGAGCAAUGAGGUAUUAUUUCGGCUGCGGCAUCAGCGGCCCGAUUUUCCGGGCGACCUGUCCGACCCGCCGCAGUUCCUGCUCUCUGACAGAAAGCAGGGCGUGGAGGGCAAUUCCCGCGUGGGCAACGCAGACCUCCAGACCCUUGCGGAGGGCUUCAGCAUCGCCGCGUUUGGACCUGGCCCGGAAGGUUCCCCGGUCUCCACGGCCCACGGCGCGCCGGCAGCGCGCCGGGGGCAGAUCCCCGCCCUCGCGCAGCGGAUGCAGGCCAUCUCUCAUAAGACCGACGACCCGCCCAUGAACGCCGAUGUCCCCGCCAGCCGCGGCACCGGGACCCAGGCGCCAAACCUCGACUACAAGAUCAGCGUCAGCUCGCUCGCCGGCGCCGUGCGAUUUCGUGAGAAUGUCAGCCGGCGGGCCUCCGAGUGGAUCGACCCAAGGACAGCGGGGUCGCGCCGGCUUCGGGUUCGGCACGGCAUCGCAAUCGACGCGCGCGACCGCCAGCGCCAGAUCUGCCGCGUCCACCGGCCCAUCUUCGACGCCCUGAAGGCUCGCUUUGAGCGGGGCCAAGAGCGCAGCUCGCAAUUAACGGUUGCCAGUGAGGCAGUCUGGUUGCGCAUAUAA